AUGUGUCUCGCAGCAGCACAGCCAAUAGAGUCUGACGUCUUCUCCGACACCACGCAUUACCCUCUCCCAAACAUAGGCAAUGUGGCGGCGCACGACCCCAGCAUCAUAUAUCAUGACGACCACUACUACAUGUUUAAAGGCGGAAUCAAGAUCCCCAUCUUCAAAUCAUCCCAGCUCUCCGGACCCUGGGAAAAGAUCGGCACGGUACUAGAUGGCGACAGCAUCGUCAGGAAACAGAACCGCUCGCGGCCCUGGGCACCCACGGUGACGCAGUGGAAGGGUCGCUUCUACUGCUUCUACUCCAUUAGUAGAAAUGGCCGGCGGAAUAGUGCGAUUGGGCUUGCUUCCGUGACGAAUGCGAUCGACCCGGCGUUCUUCGUGGACCCUACGUCGGGGAAGCCGUACUUGCAAUAUGGAAGCUACUGGAAUGGUAUAUUCCAGAUCCCAUUGACGGAGACUUUAUCUAUUACCAACCCUAAAAGGCCGAAUCCGGACCAUCUUGCCUAUGUGCCGAAUCAGAGGCUCAAGCCUAUUGAGGGUUCGUUCCUCAGCUACAAGGCCCCGUACUACUAUACCUGGUUUAGUCAUGGGCAAUGCUGCCAUUUCCCCAUCGAAGGAUUCCCGAGGAAGGGGGAUGAGUAUAGUAUCCGUGUUGGAAGGUCUACGAGCGUCCACGGCCCAUUCGCUGACCGGGAUGGUAAGAAGCUGCUCGAGGGAGGCGGCUCUAUCGUAUACGGCUCGAAUCAUAGGGAAGUGUAUGCCCCAGGUGGGCUGGGUGUUCUGUCCGGCAGUGAUGGCAGUUCCGACAUUCUAUACUAUCAUUACUUGAACACGACCAUUGGUGUCCGCCAUAAGGUAGGAUCUCCAAACAUAUCAUCUACUUCUUCUGACGCAUCCUAG